AUGGAUUCUUCCGAGCUAAGUUCCCUAGUCACAAAUCUCGAGUCGAAAUUGGACUCUGUCCUGCCGCUCAUGAAAAAUCUCACCUCCUCAUCGCUAACAGAACGCCUUACUCGUGCUGGGUCUCCUCAAGAAAGUGUGGAAAUAGCAAACUCCUAUUCUGCCAUUCUUUGCUCACUACUUGAAACUUAUAUGAAUUUAUUGGGGAUCAAUCCAGAAAGCCACGAAAUUGCCAGUGAAGUGGAAAGAAUAAAAAGAUAUGCGUCGAAACUCAACAAGUUUUUAGGUAAGGAAGAAAAGCAAGCUUCGGUGGAGUCAAAUGUUGCUAAAAGAUUGAUCAGUGCUGCCGUUGGCAAACUGAGCAGCAUUAGUACUGAUAACAAGGUGAUCAAAUCGGAUGGUAAAGGUGUCACAGGAAAUGCUACGCUGAGGAAACCUACAAAGAGUAGUAAAUCACAGCAUAAGUCGAAAAAGAAUUCUGGAGAGAAAAGUCAGAAUGGUAGAGUUUCCAAACCGGAUAAGCCAAAGAAAAAAAAGAAGAGUAAAUCCCAAUCACAGGGAAAUUGA